AGUUGUCACCCUGGUGGCGCCACCAGACUGGAGGGCGGCAGCAUGCAGUCGUGGUUCAUUUCGUAAAUAAGCAGCGUGGUCUAGUUUUACCGUGUGUAACCGGUUCGCCCCGCUAGCUAGACCGUGCGGAUGUGUGAUUAAAAAGGUGCACUUCACACGCAGAGGUCAAACGGAACGAUUUCGCAGACGCACGCGAUGCAUAACGAUGCAGCAAACGAUGACAUGACAAACGGUGCUGUGGGCAGUGGAAGCACCGGAACCAAUACCCAUUACUGGACCCCGGGCGCGCUGAUUGAUGGCCAAGGAGGAUUCGAGGACAUGGCUAUCGUGCUGCUCAAUCGACCGAUUCUGUUGGACAAAAGCUAUUUCACAACCGUCUGGAACGGAGCGCAGAUUCGUGUGGCCGUCGAUGGUGGUACAAACCGCUGGGUUGACUUCGUCAAGGACACCGUGAAUGGAGAGCAGAGCAAAUUAAAACCACCCGAUCUAGUAACUGGUGAUUUUGAUUCCUGUAAUCAAGAAGCUAUGAAAUACGUGGAACAAUUGAACUGCACGAUCGUACGCACGCCGGAUCAGAAUGCUACCGAUUUCACGAAAUCACUUAAAGUGCUCCGCUCGCAGACAAACGAGGUAGCGCGCGUGCUAACCCUAUGCGAAUCGUCCGGUCGCCUUGAUCAGAUUAUGGCCAACAUCAAUACGCUCUUUCUAGCGCAAACCAUCCUUCCCGGUGUGCCUGUAUUUUUACGCUCUAGCAAUUCACUUACCUGGUUACUCGAACCAGGUGACCAUGUGAUCGACAUUCCACCCCGGCUCGUGCACGAGAGCAUCUGGUGCUCGCUGGUUCCGAUCGGGCACAGUUGCCGCUGCACGACCGAGGGCCUCAAGUGGAACCUCACGCAGCGCAUCAUGGAGUUCGGUUCGCUGGUAAGCACCUCCAACACUUACUCGAGCGAUCGUGUACGGAUCGUUAACGAAGAACCGCUGCUUUGGUCGAUGGGUACGACUCCGAAGGAUAUGUGACCGCGACAUGCCACACCGUUACCAGCGGGUGGAUGACAACUCCUCUUCAAACCUUCUGCCCGGUGCUGUAUUGGUGCUGUUAUAGCAUUUAAUGCUCUUUCGGCUUUAAAUAGCUUUAGUUCGACCACAAGCCAGCAGUUCCUUCCCAAUCCACUGACUUUCACUGACUACUUGGAUGUUACUUAGCCUACCCUUACUGUUGUAUUAUAGGACCCCUUCCGUUUUAGGCGUGGUUUGGGUUGGUUCGGUGAUCGAUAUUAAUCGACGAGACAAUAUACGGUUGCAUAGCAAAAUACAAUUCUAACCACCAUU